AUUGAUGUCGGUGUCUUAGACAGAUUUCCUUUCGAUCGGCCACCAGAAUUAGGACAGCGCUGGAUCUAGACCGGAAUACACAGUCCCGACGCUGCAAAGUUUCAUCUAGGCUAGGCAGAAUUCACAUCAGCGUCGUUGGUCCCGAGAAGUGUUUUUUGAAUUCGCGCGCCAAACCCUUACGUCGGCCCCUCAGCUGAGAGAAGAGGUGACGAGAGAUAUACAACCAGCCGGAGCAAAGACUUUCCUUCGGGCUCGCCGUGGCGUUCUGCUGACGUUGCUGAAACGAAGACUACCGGACUGAGCUUCAUUUCAUUGGACAGAGAAUAGUGCCUACGCAGAGCGAAAAUGGAGCAGGCCUGCGUUUUCCAAAACCCCGACAUGUCAUUCGCGUCGAGGUUCAUCGCGUAUUCGGGAUUGCUGUUCCUGAUUUUGGGUACGCUCCGCCUGCUGCAAUCAUUGGUCCGCGGCGCAUACCACUGCUUCCUGGGCCAACUCCUCGGUCACAACGUGAACUUCAAAAAGUUCGCCGGGAAAUGGGCUGUCGUCACGGGAGCGUCCGAUGGCAUCGGCAGGGCCUACGCGGAACAGCUCGCGCAGAAGGGUAUCAACAUCUGUUUGAUAUCCAGGACUCAGUCGAAGCUCGAUGAGGUCGCUGCCGUGAUCCAGGACAAGUUCAAAGUUGAAACGAAAACCCUGUCUGUCGACUUCUCUUCGAACGACCGCGGCUGCUAUGAAGUCAUCCGCAAGCUCAUCUCGAAUCUCGAAGUCGCUGUGCUGGUGAACAAUGUCGGCAUGAGUUUCCCGUACCCGGAGUAUUUCACCGAGGUGCCCGAUGGUGAUCACCUCAUGGAUCAGAUGAUCCAGGCCAACUGCACGUCGGGAACUCUGAUGAUGCGUCUUGUUCUUCCGGGAAUGGCUUCUCGACACAGUGGAGUUGUCAUUAACGUGUCGUCCUUGUCGAACAUGUACCCGUUGCCGCUGCUCGGCGUCUACGCGGGAACGAAAAGCUAUAUGGAAUUCCUCUCCCAGGCGACCGCAUGUGAAUAUCAGAAUCUCGGAGUUAUCGUUCAGUCAGUGAAGCCAGCGUUCGUGUCGACGAAAAUGUCCAAGAUCCGCAAAGCCAGCCUCAAUGUUCCGACCCCGGAUGCCUAUGUCCGACAAGCCCUCACCACCGUCGGACUUGAGACGUCAACCUACGGUUAUAUCCCCCAUAAGAUACGCGGCUAUUUCCAGGAGGUAGCUUUCAACAGCAUGCCUCUCCACUGUAUGUUGUCCUUGUCUCUCAGGAUGAUGUCCGGACUUAGAGCCCUUCGCUAUAAGAAAGACAAGAGAGAGGACCCUAUUCAGCAACUCAAAAAACGACAGUAGAUCGAGUCAGGCAGCUCGACGACUUCUUAGAUUCAGAAUGAUAAUCAACGCCAUUCCACCAGAGAUUAGAUCUAUGUGACACUGUAUUCUAUAGUA